UUCAGUUUUGUAUGCGAUGUUGGCAACUCUGCCGUGGAGUUUUUAUUGGAUACUAUAGACAGAUUAUUUAUGUUUAAUAAAAAUAAUUAUUUAGCCAAAGGUCUACACGGUUUACUGAAUUAUAUUAUUAUAGCUGAGCGCUACUGUAUGUUUUCGUAUGGUAUCGGAAGUUUUAGGUUACUGGAUUUAGGUGGUAAGUUUUAAUAUGAACUGAAGGGAUCAGUCAUGGCGGCUACAAGAAAAUUACAAGGUGAAAUCGAUAGAUGUUUAAAAAAAGUGAUGGAAGGUGUUGAAACCUUCGAUGACAUAUGGCAAAAGGUUCACAAUGCUGCGAAUAAUAACCAGAAAGAGAAGUAUGAAGCCGAUCUCAAGAAAGAAAUUAAGAAACUGCAGAGGUUGCGAGACCAAAUAAAGAGUUGGAUUGCAUCCGCUGAGAUCAAGGACAAAAGCAUACUUAUGGAUAAUAGGAAACUCAUAGAGACUACCCCUGAUGAUAUUUUUCACAUUGAUUUUCAGACUGACAGUUUUGAAUCCGAAAUUGAACAGUUGCUAUCUAAUAAGAAAAAAAAACUCGACAAAGACAAACAGGAUAGGAUAGAGGAGCUGAAGUCGAAAUUAGAAAAACAUAGGUUUCACAUCAGGAAAUUGGAAACACUAUUGAGAAUGUUGGAUAAUAUGUCCGUGGAAGUGGAACAGAUAAAGAAUAUAAAAGACGAUGUUGAAUAUUAUAUAGAGAGUCACGCAGAACCGGAUUUCGCCGAUAACGAAUUCAUUUACGAUGAGAUUACCGGCAUGGACGAAGUCGAACUUUCGGGAGUGGGCCUUCCUUCGUCCGCGACGACGGACAGUAACGAUACCGGCGGGACGCCGACGUCUAUCAUAUCGGGUUCGUCGCCUGUUUCAUCGCCGCCCCUGAUGAACAAUUCGAAUUUUAACCAUUCCAUGGAUACCACCAACGAGACUGAUAAGAAGGUCGUGGGGAAGGAGCAGCCGAAGUAUUUGAGCGGUUUGAAUUUCGAUACUCAGAACUCCGAGCUCCUAGCUCAUCUAAUUCAUACCGAGUUCUCUGCCGACGUUCCAAACUCCUUUAUGAGUCAACCCGUGAAGCCGACGCCCGUGCGGGCAUCUGUGUCGGUCACUUCCACGACGUCCACCUCCUCGCUGAUGAACGUGAGCGGCAACUCCGCGCUGAACUACAGCGGCAACAGCGCCACGUCGACGCCCAGCAAACCGACCCUGGUGAGCAGCACGCCCAGCAAACUGCCCGCCCCGUUUAGGGAAGCCUCGCCCGUCCAGCAGCAGGCGACGACGACAGCGCCGGUGGUGCCGUCGAGCAAUUUCGCUGCCGUCGCGGCGAGUUCCGUCGCUAAAGUGACGACAAGCGGUGAAAGUAACCCCGCAUCUGUGAUAAGUAUCGUUAGUCAAGUACAAACACAAAAUUCAUCUAAUGCCGUUACAUCCGUUCAUUCAGAUCCUAUUUCCUCGUUUAUACGUUUACAAAAUUCUACGAACCCUCCUCAGAAACCCUUCGUCGAAUCACAUGUACAAAGUAAUUGUAUAAGUCCCGAACCUACCACCAAUGCUGAAACGCUUUCUAUGGAGGUAGAAUCGACUCAACCCGUCGCAAAUGGUGCCGACGAAAAG